CCCAGCUGACCCGGCGGCUCUCCCCUCGCAGGCUGCUGCCCGGGCGUGCAGGGCCCGGCCGUCGCCAUGUCGGGCCCGUUCGAGCUCUCGGUGCAGGAUCUCAACGACCUGCUGUCGGAUGGCAGCGGCUGCUACAGCCUACCGAGCCAGCCUUGCAACGAGGUCACCCCCAGGAUCUACGUGGGCAACGCGUCUGUGGCUCAAGACAUCCCCAAGCUGCAGAAACUAGGUAUCACGCACGUGCUGAAUGCCGCGGAGGGCAGGUCCUUCAUGCAUGUCAACACCAAUGCCAACUUCUACAAGGACUCCGGCAUCACCUACCUGGGCAUCAAGGCCAACGACACGCAGGAGUUCAACCUCAGCGCCUACUUUGAAAGGGCUGCAGACUUCAUCGACCAGGCCUUGGCUCAAAAGAAUGGCCGGGUCCUCGUCCACUGCCGGGAAGGUUACAGCCGCUCCCCAACCCUAGUUAUCGCCUACCUCAUGAUGCGUCAGAAGAUGGACGUCAAGUCUGCCCUGAGCAUCGUGAGGCAGAACCGUGAGAUCGGCCCCAACGAUGGUUUCCUGGCCCAGCUGUGCCAGCUCAAUGACAAACUAGUCAAGGAGGGGAAGUUGAAACUCUAGGGCACCCCCUCGGCCUCUUCUCUAGAGGCAGGCCGGGGAGGCCCUGGUCGAGGUGUCCGAAGCCGCCAUGUUUAGGAAACACAGUGUACCCUGCUCCCAGCAUCACCAGGCACUUGCCCACAAGUCUGUCCCAACACAGCCCUGGGCCACUUUCCCCCUGGGGAGCACAUAAACAAGCUUGCUAAGGAA